GGUCGUGAUGAUAAGCUGUAUCCUUAUGUUUUGACGAUUACGCCGAAGUAUGUGAACAAGGACGACAUCGUCGUAAAAGUCAAAGCGUUUGACGAUAUGGUCCUGCCUACUGCCAAUAAGUAUCCCGUACCUGCAAGGGAAGCGGAUUACGACGAAGGUAUGAGCAAGCUUACCAUCAAGGUCGGCAAAGAGGCUCCGAAAGCUGGGACUGCAGGACUUCCGGUCGUCUUGGCGAAAGAGCUUUUUAUCCCCACAGACGGAUACUUAGUCGUCGCUGAUGAGGAAGCCGGCUCUGCAAUCAUCAACCCCGGCGGUGCGAAAGACGCUCCCCUAGUAACCCGGUCACCUGAUGGUCUGAAAUACAAUCUGAAUGCCAUAGCAUUGCCGAACUUGGAAACAUUUCUUGCGAAUGGCGGUGUGAUUGAUGUUGUCAGCCCCAUGAGUCUGACGAUCAGUGAGAUUAUGUGGGGAUCGGAUGCGAGUAUCGAAGCCGACAAUUCAAAAAGUCAAUGGAUUGAGUUGCGGAAUUCGGGUGACGGUGCGAAUACGCUUGAUGAUGAUGCCGCUACGGCAGCCGAUGAAGCCACACGCUUGAUUUUCUACGGUUAUGGUCAAGCACCCGCUGCGACACUGAACGCUGAUGGCACAAUGACAUUGCCUGCCGGUGUUAAAGAUCGGGUUGGCACCAUUGAUGCCAAAGGAGCCGUUUGGUCGCUCGCAGGUAAAGGUCAAAGUGGUCGGACGGGUGCUGGU